UAAAACCGAAGUCGAGUCGCACAGCUUCAAUGUAAUGCCAUUUUCUCCAAAGUUGCCCUUAUUGCCAAGUUUAUUGUGAACCUGUUAUCGAGCAGAUAGAUUAUCAACCAUGCCGACGAAACAAGAAUAUCAGCUUCACCCUUGGGGUUGGGAGAACGACCCUGAGGAGGAAAGCAUCAGACUUUCUACCCUUGAUUACUUAGCUGCUUGCGUAUAUAACAACUAUGCGCUCUUUUUCAAGUUAGACGAAGGCGCCGACAAGGCCAGGAUCGCUGAAGUGAUCAAGGAGGGUCUCGAACGAACCCUCGCCCAGGCCAGACACCUCGUCGGCACUAUCGAGAAGAACGAGCACGGCGACCAUUCGUUCGUCAAGAAGAAGGACAGCACAGUCGGAUUUAUCAUUCAGCACCUCGACUCGCCGGAGGAUAACUUCCCUUCCUUCUCCGAGCUCGAAGAUGCCCACUUCGCCUCAUCGAAGAUCGGGGAUAAGAUCCCGACUUUGAGCUGGAACGGCCUCGUUUACGGUGAAAGGCCCGAGUGUCACCCGGAUGCUAGCCCAUUCGUCUCGGCAUUCCAAGCUAACUUCAUCCCGGGAGGGUUAAUUCUCAAUAUGCACUCUCACCACUACGCCAACGACGUGAUGGGUUGGGCCAGCGUUGCCCAUCAGCUCGCUGACAACUGCGCUGCUAUUGUCAACAAGACUCCGGCUCCCGGUUGGGAUAUGCAAGCGGUACGUCAUACACGCUUCAUCGCAAAGGAGGUGCCCGAAGAAUCCAAAAUCGACGGCCCUCCUGCACCUAGCCGUUACCCCCACCCACCAUCGGCAGCCAUGCUCCUCCACCUACCGAAGAGCAAGGCCGCAGAACUCAAGAAGCUCGCCAGCCCCACGGACGGCUCCUGGAUCUCGACCUACGAUGCUGUUUCUGCUUUCCUAUGGAGAUACCUCUCUAAGCAUCGUGCUACUAUCUACAAUGUAGAUCCCAACGAGUCGAGCUUAUGGGGUGAAGCUAUCAACAUGAGGAAGCGGCUCACCCCACUUGAGCCUGAAAGGAUCCAGAGGAACGUUUUCUUUGCUGCCUUAUCGGCGACCGCUCCAACCAGGAUAACCAAUGCGGAGGUGAUUUCAGAGGCGCCCUUAUCAAAGCUUGCGUCCUAUAUCCGCAGCCUGACCAAUAGCAUGACAGAAGACGCAUUACGUAAGGCAAUGGAAUCAGUAGCACCCAUCCGUGACAAGACGUCUCUGUUCAUCCGUAUCGAUUCAUUCCCAUCUUUGACGAUUAUCAUGACGGACUGGCGUGAUACCAAGGUUACGGAAGCCGACUUUGGGUUCGCGCGACCCAAAGCAUUCAGACAUCUCUUCGCGAAUAAGAUAGACGAGGGACUAGUCAUCAUCUACCCGCCUAGGGUAACCUCCAAUCCCGACGAAGGAUGGGAGUUCAUGAUACCGUUCGAGAGGUCAUUGGUCGCGCAGCUAACUGAGGAUCCCGAGUUCAAGAAGUAUUUCGAACUUAGGGGUUACGAGACGACGGUGGUGGAAGACGUGCCCGACACCGUGGCAGGAAAGAUCCAAUAAAGAUUUAGUUGCAGGAGAUCAUCGAUGUUUGGAGGAAAAGCUCGCGUUGGACCGAUUGGGUUGAUAGAUUAUUAGUGUAUGUAGUGUAUGUGGUGGUGUAUGUAAUGUACGUAGUAUCGAGUAUGUAUACAUAAAUCAGGUUCGCCCGCAUAACAUAAAGCUACUAGAGACCUAUCUUUGG